CUGGGGGAAAAUUCCUGGAACCUUUUCGCUUUGACAAACCGCAGGAGAGAGCAGCUAGAUUUAAGUAGCUCCUGAGAGCCGAUCCAUCUGUGUCUGCAGCGUCUGUGUGCCAAACACAGUCUCCAGUGUUGGCUGGGUACAAAACACAGGCGGAGAUAAUGCAUGGCCCGGUGCGCCCGUCCAUAGCACAGCGCCUUUUGUACGUGACUAAAAUGACAGCAACCAGCCCGGAGUGGGCUCAGCGGCAGUAAUCUGAAGAUAUCGACGGAAGGAGGGCUAGACGUUUACCAAGGCUUAUUGCUUCAUCUCCGCCGGGGGAAUUCCGAUGUCUUGAGGGUGUUGCAGAUAGCCCUGUGUUGGAAGCAAUUUGGAAGAGUUUGGCGGUUUCUACUUGCAGAUGCAUUUACAAAGAUGAGGAUCAGGUCAAGUUUAUAAACCCCGGCAACAAGUCGAUAGAAGCUGAGGGUCCAUUGGGGGAGGAUUGAUCUCCUGAUACGACAGAUGCAGCAGGAGAAGAGAUAAGUAUCCAGACUGAGAGUGGGGACAUCAUGGCGUGCGUUGUCGUCCUCUCCAUCAUGUACUGCGGCCUGGUGCAGGUCCUCGCCACCCUGACACCAGAACCAGAUGUUGUGCACGGUAAAGUAGGAUCUGACGUGACUCUAACGGUUCGACCGCAGGGGGACCACAGUGUCAUCGCUCAAACCUGGAACAAACUGUACGGAGGUGUCCACAGCAUGCGCCUGGCGGUCUACAUGUACUCGCCCACCACGGGGACGGCGAUGUCGCUCGGGCCGCUGGAGGGGCGCGCAUCGCUCGGCAAGUACGGCUCGCUGGUCAUACACGACGCCAGGAAGGAAGAUGAAGGUCUGUACGUCCUGACCAGCUUAGUGGAUGUUGUUGGACAAGAGGAGCAAUACUUUGACUUGAAAAUGCGUGUGCCACCGCAGAUAUCGUUCGGUGAGCAGAGCCCUCUCCACGUCGUGCAGAACUCCCAAGUCUACCUAAACUGCACCGUUAGAUACGCCAAGUCCUCUACUGCACACGACAUCCAGUGGAGGAAGGACGGCUCACGGCUCUGGGGACGAGUCACCAUCAUCGGCAGAGCUACCCAGGGAAUGAGAUUCACCAACUACCAUCGCGAGGGGAACGGACGUCGGAUGGAGGUAGAGACCGUUCGAGAGAGCGAUGACCUUUGGACGUCUGUUCUGACGUUUCAGUCCGUACGGAAGGAAGACACGGGCAACUACAGCUGCCACGCCCAGCAUGAAGAUGGUGCCGUGGCUGCUAGUCUAUACCUAGAAGUCUAUUAUGCUGCAAAGAUCACCAACAUCUCAGAUUCACCACAGGUAGUUUCCGCCGGAAGUAACGUCACACUGGAAUGCAUCGCCCAGGGCAACCCUCCUCCAAUCAUCGCCUGGCACAAAGAGGACGACCAUACGCCCCUCAGGUCGGCCUUCUCAGACGCCAACGGUGAAACAGGCCGCCUGAACUUGACCUUGACGAAACUCGAUGAGAAUGCUAGCGGGAACUACACGUGCGUUGCUACCAAUGGAGUCCCUAUGGGAAAGAAAGAUCGUAGAACUGUGCAGGUUAACGUGUUGACGUCCAUGGACAAGUACUUUCCUCCCUCACCAGUCAGCAGCUCCCCCAGACCGAAGACAGAGGCAUACAGCAUUACAACGACAGUUGCUAGCCAGGGUUCUACAAUAGAAGAGAAGACACCCUUGUCGCCCGUCGUGGAGGCUGAGCCACCCGUCCAGGAGGUUCAACCGCCCGUAGUGGAGGUUAAACCGCCCGUCCAGGAGGUAGAACCCCCCGAUGGAAACCUCGAAGCAGACGACCCGUUCUACGCCACGUUCGUGACCGUUGGAAUCGUGACCGUGACCGCCUUCUCUCUGCUGCUGCUCAUGAUCGUGGCUGUCCUGCUCUGCCGAAGGACAAGUUCAUCAACCAAGGUCAUGCGGACCCACAUCAGCGGUGACAUCAUCAGACACCGGCCGCUAAACCCUGACGUAUACGCAAAUGUCUACCGAUAAGGUCAAUUGGAUUGCGGAAAGACGUUUCUAGAAAAAAGGAUAAAACAAUAAAAAAUAAAGAAUCAAGCAAAACCAUGGAAAAGGGCAAAAAGGACCAAAUCUUGACAAACAAAAGUAAAUGCGAUAGCGGGUACAACGUUUUGGAGCAGUGGAGUAUGAUUUGAAAUCGUUGAUCAUGGUUAUCGUUGUGUUUCUGAAAUGGCUAUUAAUUAUGGUAGUCUAGGAGCAAAGCAACAACUUAGGUUUUGGAUGAUGAACAAUUAUCUUUAACCAGCAUAUGUCGCAAAGUAACUGUUUGCUGCUGUGGUUUUGUGAUUUUCAAGCUGUCCGUAUGCAUUGCACACAACGUAACAGUGAGCAUACUCAAGUAAUCUUACACUAGCUUAAACGGAAGAAUGAUAAAUGUUCACUUACAGUCAUUACGAUAUCUUCAGGUUUGUCUGUCGGAUUAUUGGACAACAUCAGCCCACGCAGGUUGUGCGGAUGUAUAUAUGAAAUAUAACUCGUUUUGUGAGCAGA